UGAUGAAAAAAAAAUCAUUCAGAGUAACGAAUUACUAGAGAUACGACCAAGAAUUGAUUUUGAUUUUUAAUCCAACUACAUUGUGACAUAAUGUCAAGGGCGAUUAAUUAUUUUGAAAUACAGUAACUGCUUUUAAAAUAUCGUUUUUCUCGGGCUGUGGCACCUUUACCCCCUCCGAGUUGCCUCUGUGAUGUGAACUGUAAGUGCUCAGCUUUUAUGUGAGUAAGGUAGUAACAAGGGACAUGCUUGAUAAAAGCCAGAUGCUUUUUUUUUCUGAUGGCGCCCGUCAUAUUUUACAACUAUGUGUUUGCAGAAAUGUACCGCCGUUGCUUGGGGACUUGUGGAAGAAGGUAUUAAAAUGUUUUCUGCGUUAUUUUCGUUCGUCCAUUCCGUCUGAGUAUUUUCAGUUUUACUCUCACCAUUUGCGCUUCUAUACCCGUAGUGGAUCUGCGUGAUUUGAUUAUUAAUUUACACUGUUCUGAAAAUAAACACGAAUUUAAAGACUUACAACGCAGUCUGUAUCAGAGUGUAGUAUCAUUGUGCAUUGGAUAUACAGCUGCCAGAACUAGCAGGGAUAUCUGGUACGAUUUGGAAACAGACUAAUUUUUUUCUUGAAGUUCCAGGUAUAAUGGGGGUGAUCGGAAGCAAUCAUUGGCGUUAUUAAAUCAUUAUUAUCUAUCCAAAGUAGUUUUCUUUACGAUUUUUUUUUUUUAUAAAAAAAGAAAGAAAAAACAGAAGACUGGAAUGAAUUCAGUUGUAUUCCUUGCAGUUUUUGGAGUAACCACUAGAUGAUCUCUAUCCCCUUCCAGUGCUGUAAAGUGUGUCUUUCGUGUUGCUUUUUGAGCAUUUAUUAUAUCUGAAACCUGCGUUAGUACUUGAGUAGGCUCCACUUGAUAAACAUCCUGUACCAGUAUUUACAAAUACUGCUUAUUUUUGUUCUUAACAUAAGAAGGAAAUACAAAUAAUACAAUCCACUGUUGAUGGAAUGAGAGUAUAGACUACCGUUUAGUUAUUUACUGCGGAUUUGUGAUAUGCAUAUGACUCAGAAAACGCACAGAGAUUGCUUGCAGUUUGCAGAAUUUUAGAAGGGCGAUUGCGACAUUUAAAAUGUCUAUUCUAAUCUUUGGUCCCCUGGUCCUCCAUUAGCAGUGUUUCAUACUUUUGGUUUUCAUUUUGAAAUAAACAAACAAAAUUAGAGAAAUUCAAUUGCUAAAUGUGAUGGGUAUUAACACAGGACUUCGGAUAGACUUUGGGAAAAGAAAUGCAGUAUUCCCUUUUUGGAAAGAACGUGGAUUUAUACCUUUUAGGACAAAUAUGUGAUGGAAGACCUUCGUUUUCUAUUAUUUUACUCAUAUUUUUUUAUUUAUUAUUACUAAUUUUGCAAUGCACUCUCGCGCAGGCGUGUUGGGUGGAAUUCUGCAGCCCUGGCUCAGCGCAGUUCUAAAGAAAGGAAAGUACAGAACAUAGACCCUAAAAAUGAGGGGGACACACUUUUCUGACUGCGGUAAACGGAUUUAUUCGUGAUCAUAAAGACCCCCUGACUUGUGCCCAAGAAUGUCAGGGAAACCAAAGGCAGAAACGUCAGAGGGAGCAGGCUCCAAAACCAAGGUAAAAGAACAGAUCAAGACAAUUGUGGAGGAUCUGGAAACUGUCCUGGGUGAUUUGAAGGAUGUGGCUAAAGAACUCAAAGAGGUUGUUGACCAGAUAGAUUCACUUACCUGUGACCUGAAGCUGGAGGAAGAAAUGACUGACAGCUCCAAGACAGAUACGCUCAACAGCAGCUCCAGCAGCACCACUACCACCACCACUGCCUCCAGCUUGGAAAAGGUCAAAUUGCACUCAAAAGGACAAAUUAUAAAGCCACCUCCAGCUGUCCUUACAGUGCUAAAGAAACCAAAACCACCUCCUCCACCACCACGGUUGACUCCUGUCAGAUGUGACUCCAGUAAGACUCUGCCCGUGGGGAUACCUUUGAAACUUAACGGGACCCUUCUUCGGAAUGGAGUUUUACCAGGGACACAAACAAAGGUGCCGAAUGGGGAUGUCUGUUGUAUUUCCAAAAAUAUUCUAGACAAAGUGCCCACAUCACCGCCUCUGCAUAGACCUGACAAAGACAGAUGCCCGCAGGCGACUAGAGAGCGGGUCAGAUUUAGUGAAAAAGUACAAUAUCACGGUUACUGUCCAGACUGCGAUGUGCGAUAUGAUAUCAAAAACCGGGACGUGCACUUACACCCUGGACCCAUUCACACAAAAUUAAAAUCACCUCAUCACUGUCCCCUACAGCCCCCUCCUUUACCCCCUUUAGAAAAUGGUGGGGCAUGUAUCAGUACCAGUCAUAGCUUUCCCCCUGUGCCUCCACCGACUGCCCCUAAACCCCAAAAAACAAUCCUGAGAAAAUCAACAACCACAACCGUUUGAUGUAUACCACUAGAAAAAUGAUUACUAUUUAAAAAAAAUGUAAUGAGCACUUUCUACUCCAGGAAUAAAAGGCAAACACUUACUCCCAGUGAUCUUAAAACAAAAAAAUGGUGAGAAGAUAAAAACAUGCUCCUUCUGGCUAGAAGGCAAAUCAGCAUUUGGAGACAUGUCAGUUCAUUUUGAUCAGCUUGAUGCUCCAUCGUAUUGUUGCUUCACCAAGCCUGUUUUGAUUUAGCAACCAAUCCUGUGACCUCUUCCAAGCAACGGAAAUCCCUCAGAGCCAGAGCACAACUAAUACUGGAGUAAUCUGCAUCAAUUCAUUUUAGAUCCUGCAGCCAUAAGCUUAGCCCUGACAAAUACUAAAAUCAGAAGUUCAGUUUGCUCUGAAAUUACUAACACGAGGACUAAAUCUCCUGUGUUUUCACUUCAAAAUAAUUGACGUCAGACCAACAGCUUGAGGAGCUCGAGAAAAGCAAUUAGACCAUGAUUCCCUAAUCUCACAAUGUAUUAAAGCUGCCCAUACAAAAAAUAUCAAAUAAAUGUAGAAACAACAGUUUGGAGCACCCAAAAAUCCCAGACGGGAAAGGGGAAAAAAUAAAAACGUUUCCAGUUAUUACUAAAACAUACAGCUUUGGCAUACCAAGCAUUGUGGAAUGGCAUUUAGAGAGCAUUUGGAAAAAAUGUGUUCAUCAUUUGUUUAAGCCAUAGAGAAAUGAAAACAAUGAAUAUUGACAUUAUUAUUGGAGGUUUUCUUGCCUAUACAGUAGGAAACAAAUCAAUGAAGCAUAGCUGUUACAGCUGCCUGGGAAUUGCAUCUAAUAUUUGCACUGUCACUUCCAUUCAGGGUAAUGAGGUGUGCAGUCAUUUGCACAGAUAGCCCUAUGAAGCUUUGCAAGUUGUAUCUUGCAGGGGCCCAAUAACUGAAGAAAAAUAUGUUGCUCUCUUUGUCACAGCAGGGCUUCUUGCCCCUAGGAAAACUGUUAUUUCUCCACCAAGAAAUCAGAAAAGUAGCAUAAGUUAAAAAAAUAAAAAUACAAUGCAAAUACCUAAAAUAAAUAUUUAUUCUGGCAUUCAAAUGUUACUGUACAAACAGUUUAUUGCCAAGGGGAAUCAAAGCUGGAGUUCCACUGCUCUUGCAAUUUGCUUGUCAAGGUUACGGCAAUAUUGUUCAACAUCUGUAACAGGUUUCUGAAAGCUUUUAGAAUUGAGAACCCUGAGUAUUCAGGGUCAGUUGUAGCAAAA